AUGUCAUUAAAAAUUGAAUUUCAAUCUAUCAAGCAGGAGAUCAAUAGAUUGCAGAAGAAGCUAGAGGACUUAGAAUCAAUCUUGAAGGCACGAACGUUAUCGCCAGCUUUGAAUGAGGAUCCCGAAACUCCCUUUGCCGUCAACGGUGGAGCGAGCAGAAAGACAAUCAUCAAUACAGGAUUUGCGGCUCCAAUAAUCAAUCACAGUCACGCAACGCUUCGGAGUCGGUCGUUUAAGGUGAUGCGGCACCUUAUUAACGUUGUCGACGUUUCGCAUCUUGGUCAGCAGCAAAUUAAAACUGAGGUAAAACGAAAGCCUUCGUCGCUUUCCCGGACCACAGGAACGACACCAUCUGAACGCCUAGAGAAUUUGUCAAACACCCAAACCAUUCCAAAGACCACCAGAGUUACCAGGAGAUCCGCAUCGAAGCAGUCAGGACAGGCCUACACGUCCGAUACACCUAAAAUCUUCCAUCCUAAACGUCCUCGCAAGGAAGUUCCAAUCACCGCGGCAUCGACAUCGUUCCAACCACCAUCAAGCCCAAAUUCACCUCUCAAGACAACUACUGCUGAGAAAAAAGAAUUAAAAACAGGAACGACCGUUUCAGAUCGAUCAUUUGGGUUACCUUUGAACCCGAAAAGUGAACCAAAGACAAUCCUCAGCCCAAGCCCUGCCGAGAAACCUAGUCAAAAUCCUAGUGUUCCUCAAAUCUUUCACCCUAAACGUCUGGGUGAUGAGGAGGAGAGACUAACAGAGAGCCUCACUCGCAUUGGAACAGCAACUACCAAGAUUGUCAGCCUCUGGGUAACUAACCUGAGUAUUUAA